AUGCUGCCGCGGCUCGGCCAUGGCGCGCGCCCCUCGCACCAGCUCCUAUCGCUCGCGCGCCGGCCAUGGCCAUGCCCACGACAGCCGGACCACCUAUUUGAACUGCGGCUUUCGGUGCCGCCAAGUUCACGCCGCAGCUUCGUGUCGACGCCCUACCGCUCGGCACGCCCGUCGCCGGAGCACCGCAUCGACAGAUACAUCCAGUCGGCCCUCGAAGACAUGGACGUGCGGCCGCCGAGCGCCAUGCCGCGCCCCGCGGUGAGCAUGACGCCGCGGACGGCGGAUGCGUCGGCGCUGUCUUCGCUCGCGUCGGCGCGGUUCGCGCCGGGCUGGCACGUCGUCAAGGCCAACGACCGGGCGAUCCUCACGCCGCUGGCCCACGCGCGCAGCGUGCAGCGGCUCGCGCACUACCGGACGCGGGCGGCGCAGCGGCCGCUGUGGAUCGACUGGAUCGUCCUGCAGGCCGGGUGCUCGCCGGUCGUCGUGUCGCUGGCCAAGAGGCGGAUGCGGCUGGCGCUGCGGCUGGCGCUCGCGGCGCGCGGCGUGCACAAGUACGGCUGGCCGAAGGAGGCCGUCGAGGGGGCGUGGGCGGCCAACCGCGCGGCUCGGUUCGGCGGUGGCGGCCAAGAGAAUACGGAAACGGACCAGGGGAGCAGGGGUGGUGGUGUCACGCCGCAGCAGCAGCUCGAGAGGCUGCGCCGCGAGGCAAAGGUGCCUGUUCUGACGGGGACGGUCUGGAUGACGAUCAGGAAGCCACAGGAGCUCAUCGGAACGCCGUUUGAGAAGCUGCGGCAGAUGGCGGACCGGCUCGUCGGCGGCCUUCUGGAGAGGCACGAGGAGGCGGGCAAGCCGGUUGGGCUGUCGAGACAGCCCAAGAAGACGGGGCGCAAGGUCGAGAGGGCGAGUCGCGGGUCGAGGAACGAAGAUCUGGAUGCCGAGUUUGGGGAUCUGGGGCCCAGCCUGACGAAGGACGACUUUUUUUGA